AGGACGACGCGGACAACAAGUCGAAGUGGAGCGUCUCUAUAAAGAAUACCCGAUAUUUACAAACGUUCUCUCUCUCUCUCUCUCUCUCUCUCUCUCUCUUUCAGUUUCGAAGAUCAUAACUCAUCCUGCCCGCAACCACUUCUCCUUUGAAGCAACCCCCAUCGGACUUAAGGCGAGGAAAAUGGGAGGUGGAAAGGACAAGCAUGACGAUUCGACUGACAAAGGUUUUGGACAUCACCAUGGACAAUACCCUCCACAACCUGGGCCGUACCCUUACCCCUCACAACCUGGUGCAUACCCUCCACAGGGUUACCCUCCUCAAGGAUAUCCUCCACAGGGUUACCCUCCUCAAGGAUAUCCUCAACAGGGAUAUCCUCCACAAGGCUACCCACCAGCAGGAUAUCCCCCCCCUCCUGGUGCUUACCCUCCAGCUGGUUAUCCAGGCUCUUCUGAUCCGCAUCAUUCAGGGCAUGGAGGUGGAAUGGGUGCAAUGCUAGCGGGUGGUGCUGCUGCUGCCGCUGCUGCUUAUGGAGCCCACCAUUUGACACAUGGUUCUGGUCAUAUGCCGUAUGGUUCUGGUCAUAUGGCAUAUGGAUCUGUUCAUCACUCUCAUGGAGGAGGCCAUUAUAAACAUGGUAAGCAUGGCAAGUUCAAGCAUGGGAAGCAUGGUGGGAAGUUCAAGCAUGGGGGAAAGUUCAAGAAGUGGAAGUAAAUCUUGCUAUUAGCAAGAAACAGCCUUGCUAGUACCUUUCUUUACUAAAUUUUCUGAUUCUGAAUUUUAAGCUCUAUUUUCUCAAUGAAGGCCUGACGUCCUCUUUUGAGGGCUACAUUUGGUGGCUACUGUAAUAUACAUAAUGAUCUUGCGACUGUAGUAUUGUUUAUGGUGUUUAUAUACACCUAUCUACAUGAUUAAAAACUCUGCAAUUAGCUGACUCGAUGAAUAAUUUUGAUUUACAAA